GAUGGUGGAUUAAGUGCAACAUGAAGCCUGUUUUGCUCUAAAAAUAUAUUUAAUUUGACAAAACUCUUUGUUGAAUUAAUUUUAAAUUUGAUUCAUUAUAAUAUCUUGAAUUACAUUAAACAGCAUAGUAAUUGAUUCUCAUGAGUUCCAGUUUACUGAUAAAACUUUUUACUUGGCCUAAAGUCUGUAACACCUUUGUAUACAUUUUUACAACUAUGUCUGGAUCAUUCUGACAUCACUGAAGAAGAUUGAUAGGGGGCAACCUUAGGCACUUCAAAAUCUCUUUACCCCCACUAACACCUGCUUCAUAGUUUAUAUCACAAGCCUUGUCACCUUGAUAACAUUUAUUGACAGUAGGGAGGGGAAAAUGUGAUUGACAAGAAAGUUAUCUUCGCAUGUGAGAUUGCACUGAAUUUGAAGUAGGUGAUGUCAUUCCAGGCAUGGAUGAGACGCGUGAGAGGAGGCUGUCGGAAAAGACUUUGGGGGAGAGCCCUCAAACUUAAAAUCAAUGACUGCGGCUUAAACAAAACUUUACGCUGGUCUGAACACUUCUGACAGCCGGGCACUCAAACGUUCAAUCUAUAUUCUGUGUGUGCGAGAUCUGUCAUCUUUCUAAAAGCCGACAAUGAACAUACAAAGUUGAAUUCCAAAAUGGUUGCAGAGGUUGUUGUUGCACUGUUGGCUGUUGUCAUGUCCCCCCAGUGCCUGUAGUUGUGCUGUAAGAAGCCUCGCAUCCGAUGACUAAACCAACACCCCCUUCUCCUUGUGUACGGCUACUUUUAUUUCAAUAAUCGACAAAGAUAUGCCAGUAGGAUUCGUAUAAAAUUAUAUCCACGCGUUAAAAAACUAAAUCUGCUAGCGUAAAGCGUGAAGGUAGAGGCGGAAAAUCCCCGUUGAAAGUAAUAGCCGUCGACCGUAUGAGAAGAUCAGCGUAGCUUCUUUAGCACAGGCCGCAGCGAUCGGGGACUGAGCGGCUGCCGGGAAGCAACGGACUCAAGCAAAGGCGGAAGCCCGCUUAUCACGCACUGCAAGGCGGGUGCCUCGUUACUCGACUCGGGGGAUUCGGGAGGUUUCACAGGCCAACGCUGAUGUUCCGGAGAGUUCCAGCCCUGGGAUGUAUGAAGGCAAACACAUCCACUACUCGGAGGUGGACCACAAGCCUCUGUGUUCAUAUAGUCCAAAGCUUUGCAAGCAACGCCGGCUCAACGGUUAUGCUUUCUGCAUCCGUCAUGUGCUUGAGGACCGGACCGCUCCUUUCAGGCAGUGCGAAUAUGUAGCCAAGUACAAUAGCCAACGCUGCACCAAUCCCAUACCCAAGGCUCAUGACCGAAAGUAUUGUAAUAGUCACCUUCAGGUUAUGGGUGUCCUCCCCAAGAAGGAGCGAAAGAAGAAACAAGAUACAAUAGAGUCUUUGGCCCUCAACAUUACUGUUCCAUCCCUGGCUCUGAAGACCCAUAACGGGCUCGAGCUUUUAUCUCCAUCACCACCACCCUCCCUGGCUUGUCUACUCCCCUCAGAUCCCUUCGCCUUUUGCAGGGGGGAAAAAAUGUUAAAAUCAAGUGGCACAUUCCUGAAGAAGCCCCAAGAAAGCCAAGCUCUGAACCAUAAGCAGAAACAGCAAGAUCACAGUGUAGAUCCAGCCUUUCCAAACCAUCUCAGAACCUCUUCUCUAUCUUCAACUCUUCCACGUCCUUGCCUCCCUCCUCCUCAGACUGGAAGAACCACACAAACACCCAAAGUUCCCUCCUCCCCUCGCACAGAAAUCUCACAAACCCCUGCAGUUCGUUCAGGUUCGUUAUUCAAAACCUCAUCUUCACUUCAGGACAGCCGUCAGGGCUCAAUAGAAACUGCUCCAGCUGAUAACAAAAUUAAACUGGACUUUAAUCAUGCAUUUGACAAAAAGGUUGUCCCUGCAGCUUCAGGGACAGCACCAAGCCGUGAUGACAUACAUAGAUGUUUAAUAAAAAUGCACUCAGUUGCCAUGCAACAACAAGCUCCAUGUUUGCAGAAGUUCCAUAGAUUGGUGGACCAACACAGGGGGAGGUACCAAGACCUGAGCCCACAUUUAGGGCUUGACUGGUCAGAAGACAGUGAAGAGGAAGUCGGAGACGUGGGGAAACUAAUGUCAUAUCAGUGCCAGAGACUACAAGAGAAGCACUUUGAGGAAAGUGCCAGCAGUUCCCGUGCUGAGCGUUUGGCAGGCUUCUGCUCAUACCUGAGACAAAAACACACGCACCUUUGCAGAGAGCAGAGGGGCUUCAGGAGGGAGAGGAGAUCCCAGCAUGCCCUUCGUAAAGCCCUACUGCAGGCAGCAAGAGAGGAACCUCACCACACUGCACAGCUUUUUCAGGAACAAUAUAAAAAGACCUCCGCGCCCUCCAGCACUGCAGCACCAUUGGCUGGAGAUGACUCAGGGUUGUGUACGGCUCUCGUGAAAGGUGAAGACUGUAGAAAUUCAGCCUUACCAUUCACCAGGCACUGCUUUCAGCAUAUCCUUCAGAACCGUUCUCAGCAGCUGUUCUCAAGUUGCACCGCUCGCUUUGCAGAUGGAGCUCAGUGUUCCAUCCCUGUCUUUGACAUCACGCACCAGACGCCACUUUGUGAUGAGCAUGCCAAGAAAAUGGACAAUUUCCUUCGAGGUGAUAUCAGCCGGAGAACGUACCACCACCACCAGCAGAUUCAGCGGCACAGACCACUGAAGAAAGCCAAGCCUCCAGCACUCACCAAGAAGCAUAAGAAGAAAGGAAAGAGAGGAGCACCAAGGCGACCUCAGAAACCCAUUCCUCCCGCGCAGCCUCAGGGUAACCUGGGAAUGCCUUCCAUCCUGUGCCUGCCCACUCAGCCCUCUGACAUAAGGAGCCCUUUAACUCCUGAUUUAAGUGCAGAUGAAUUUCCAGAUGACAUCACCAAUGACAUCAGCGACAUUCCACAUGACCUGGAGUUGAAUCAGGAGGAUUUCUCAGAUGUUCUUCCUCGACUCCCUGAUGACCUGCAGGACUUUGAUCUUUUUGAAGGCAAGAAUAGUGAGCUGUUGCCCACCUCCGAGGAAGCCGAAGAACUGGUUCGCGUUCUGCAGGCCAUGGGCUCAUACCCAGAAUCCCUUGCAUGUCUAAGCGGAAUGGCUGAGCUUGGUCCCGUAGAAGCUGUAGAUUGUCGAAGCAUGCCAGGGGGAGUCGUGGAUCUACUGAGUGGACGGCUAUCUGCUGAGACUCUCUCCAGCCUGGAGCUGGACCCCAGUCUGCUUCCCACCUCUGAAGAUGCUUUCCCCCCAUCACCUCCAUCACCACAACCCCCUCUCACUCCUCCAUCCUCUGUGGGGCAUCUCACAGACAGUACAUACUCACAGAGACAGCCUCAUCUCCUAGCCAAGAUGGAUAACUCCAAAGCAGAUCUAAGUGAACUGCCACUUGGAAAGGACGAGGACAUCUCUCACGGCUCCUGGGGCGUUCUCGCCCUCCCCCUCAACGAUUCCUCACAAUUUCACAGCCUUAUUGCCUCGGACGGCCUGCUGAUGUCCACAGCCCUCUCAACGCCAAUGACCCCCGUGCCCUCAGCUCCCUCUCAGCCCAGUUUGGCUCUCUCCGCUUUGCCUCAGACUGUGCCCGUCACUCGCUCCACACCCGCAUCCUCACCCUCGUCACCAACAUCCCAAACCAAGCACCUUCUACCCCCACUGUUUAACCACUGUGGGAUUCCAGCAGACUUUCAGCCGCACCAUAGUACACCGGCGCCUCCUAUGGACCAGGCCUGAAAUGCAGGCAGAACCAAUUUGCUACAGUCACAGUGUUCAGGGAACAUGUUGCAGGUGAUUUCCACCCCCCCAAAUGUCAGGGUCAUUCUGUUCGUCUUCUCAGUCCUCUGCAUCUUUUUCCCUCACCAAGAAAGAACAUCAAGCAAUAAAUUUCCGUGUCGGCUUAAAAUAGUUGCUUUUUUCGAAAAGCAAACAUAGAUGGAUUUUAGCCAUUAAUAUCACUUGUAUCCUUAAAUGCAUAUUUAAUAUAUUUAUAGAGUAGCAGUCUGCACAACUAGUUUUAUUGAGUGAAAAUGUGUGGUAACUGGUGAAAAUGUGGUUCUUGUUUAGAGGCAAUGGGCAAGUUUGUCAGUGGCAAACACAAGGGGAAAGGUGUCAUGGUUGUAUCACUAUUUUGUCCCGUGUGAUGAUUAAAAAACAUAUUGUUUUGGCAGAUGGUGUUUAUGUGCUUUUAGUAGCCGUUAAACUAUGGGGUCUUGCUCUAAGUGUAAGUGCCUGCCAUAAAAGCUGUGUAACACCUUUAUAAUCAGUGUAUUGCAAAUCAACAGAAUACAUUGUCACUGGGUAAAAAUCUGUAAAUGCACAAAAUGUCACUCUUGAAAACAUGAAAAGUGGCAUUUACUCCCUGUUUUCGACAAGUAAUUACCUUCUCACAUUACCGUAAAGUUACUUGAGGGUGUUAAACUUCGAUUCUGAGUGUUCGAUGUGCUCCUGUGUAAGGCCUUUAGCUGAAGUGAUAGCAGUUGUGGGAAAUAAACGGUGUAAAGCUAUAGUCAGUUAUCUUGUUAUGGCUUUUAAAGAGAGUAGUUAUGAUGCCUUUACCCCCGUGUCAUGCCAAGUCUACAUUUGCAUUUUCCCAUUUAUCUUCUUUGCAGAUGCUUUCUUACCAAAGUGGCUUUCAAGAAAGCCUCUUUUUAUGUCCACUUCAGAAAAAUAUCUAUAUGUCAGUAUAUCUCACUGACCACUGACUCACUAUAAUGAAAUCAUGUUUGGGCAGUUGAGCUUUUAAAGAGAACAGUGACGUAUAACCUUAAUUCGAUAUCUUUAUAAAACGGAUAAUGAUAUAAAAUUGUGGUUUGGUAGACUUGCCGUUGUACCAGAUAAUGCUGCUUUUACCAACAACAGGCAUACUGACAGAUAUCCUUGCACACCGAGGGUCGUCUCAUAUAAUUUUUAUACUUAUUCACUGAAUGUAUCAAGUCAACAAAAAAGUUUAUUAUAACCUAUUAAAAUGUUAUGGUCCUCUUCUUUGUUCAAGGUAUUUUUAUGUAUUGACAUGUUUACUUUUGUUACUUAAGUGCUUGGAUGUGGGCGUGUGUGUAGACAAUGUGUAAGAGAAAUUCUAUUUGUUUUAUUUGAAAUGUGUGAAUUAAAACUGCUAUGACCA